AUGCUGACCUCUUGGCUCUCCAACCCUCCAGCUAGCAACCGGUCAAGCGUCGACGAGGCCAGGGGAGCUGCCGCCGCUGAAGAUGAUGAUACCCUUGUGGUUGAGCCCGAUCAGGGUAAUGUGCUCGGCCAUAUUAUUUCCCAGCUGCGACCUGGAGCAGACCUGAGUCGCGUUGUUCUGCCGACUUUCAUUCUUGAGCCCCGUAGCAUGCUUGAGAGAAUUACGAAUUUCAUGUGCCACCCCGAGAUGCUCCUCCCCAUUCCCGAGAUUGACGACCCUUUGCUGCGUUUUGUUUCCGUCGUCAAGUUCUACUUGAGCGGAUGGCACAUUCGACCACCAGGGGUAAAGAAGCCGCUUAAUCCGAUCCUCGGCGAGAUAUUUACCUGCUACUGGGACUUGCCCGAUAACACGAAGGCCUAUUAUGUUUCCGAGCAAACGUCGCAUCACCCUCCCAAGUCGAGCUACUUCUACAUGGUUCCCGAACACCACAUUCGCGUUGAUGGCACGCUCAAGCCCAGAAGCAAGUUUCUAGGAAACUCGGCCGCAAGCAUGAUGGAAGGGACAGCCGUUCUGACUCUACUCAACAGAGGCAAGGACAAGUCCAAGGGCGAACGAUACAUCCUAACGCAGCCCAACAUGUACGCCCGAGGCAUUCUAUUCGGAAAGAUGAAGUACGAGCUGGGGGACCACAGCUUCGUCCGCUGCCCGGAACUUGAUUUGGUUGCCGAUAUCGAGUUCAAGACGAAGGGCUGGGUCAGUGGCACUUACAAUGCCAUUGGCGGUUACAUCAAGCACGAGAGCACGGGCGAAGUUCUGUACGAGUUAUCAGGCCUCUGGAGCGAAGAGAUGUAUGUCAAGGAUGUCAAGACUGGGCACAAGGAAAUGUUCUUCAAUGCCAGGAAGUCGAAACCGAGCAACCCUCUGGUCCGGCCAAUCGAAGAGCAGGAUGAGCGGGAGUCUCAGAAGCUCUGGCUGGCAACGGCUCAGGCCGUGAAGGACCGCAACCAUGAGCUCGCAACAGACGAGAAGACAAAGGUCGAGGACAGGCAACGAGAAGAACGGGAGAUUAGAGCACGCGAAGGCAUAGAAUGGCAUCCCAGGCUCUUCCGAAGUGUACACGCCGGGCCUGAUGGCUAUGACGAAGGAGAGGAAGAGCUGGAAUGGAUCAUCAACGCUAAAAUUGACAGCACGACUCCGGAGGGGCAAACUAAACAGAUCCUGGCCAUCUACCCUAUUCUUCCAGGACAGAAGGCAUCUGCGACGACCGCUGACCCCUCCCACGGGCCUUUGACGGCCGAGGUUCAGUCACCGGCUGAACAGGCCCCGGUCGUCCGACAGCAGGACGGUGGGAACGACUUGAUUGACUUUGGUGAUGCUCCGGCUACCACCUCCGCUGCCGCGACACCCUCUACGCCAGCCACUGAGCCUUCGGCCGCUGCUCCUCCAGUCGCGCAAGAACAGCGUAGCGGGUCCAAGGACAUCGAGAGCAUGCUCAACAAGACGGGGUCAAAACCUGCCGAGGGUCCUUUAAUGGACUUCACGACAGACAUGAAGAACGUUCCGCCAUUGAAGCGGGCCGACACUAGCGAGGAUAGUUUCCAUGAUGCUUUGGAGCCAUCAAGUUAA